UCUGCCGUAGCCCAUAGCUCGUAGACUGUAGUGCCGUUCUGUAAACAUCAUUUAGUGCGUGUACAAUUUAUACUUGACAAUGUUCUUUUUUUAGUGUAUAGAAAUAUAACCAUUGGAUUCAAACUCUCCUCGUUUCACAUGUAUUAAAAUCCGAAUAAAAUACAAAAACAAGAUUUUUGCAACUAGAACAUUUGGUCUCAGGUUUGUAAAAAAUGAUUUUGCUCCACUUAUUCUUAGUGGCAAUAACUAUUUCUACUUCUUUUUCAAUUGAAGUGAACCCUAAAAUAUUUAUAAAUAAUGCUGAAUGCUUAGUAGAUUUAAGCACCCAAUUAGUUAAAGGAGAAUGUCGUCUAUCUUUGGAGAAUAAUGAUGACAAGCCUGUGAACUCGGUUUUGUAUGCAUUUGAACCUUCAAUUAAAAGUCACAUUUCAUUUAUUUCUGCUCAUCAAGUAUUUGAAUCUAAUCGCUUGAGUUUAAAUGUUAAACCAGUGACAUUAUCGGGGCAUGAAGAUAAGCAAUUUUAUCAAAUUGAUUUUAAUGCAUCUCGGCCAUUGCGAUCAAAAGGUCGAGCACCACUUGUGGUUGAAUAUGUUUUGAUUAACGCUUUGUAUCCUCAUCCGGAAGAAAUAACUCAAAAAGAUAGACAGUUGAUGAUGUUUUAUGGAAAUGCUUAUUUGUAUUCACCAUACAAAAGUCUUAAAUCUUCUGUUAAAUUCCAAACUGGAACAAGACGGAUAGAAGACUACACCAAUAUCAGCCCAGUAUCAUUGAGCUCUGGAGAUAUUGUUUAUGGGCCCUUUGGUUCACUAGAACCAUUUGCAUAUUCUCAAAUCAGUUUACAUUAUGAUAAUAAUACUCCAUUUUUAAAAGCUACAAAAUUAAUUAGAACUAUUGAAUUAUCGCAUUGGGGAAAUGUUGCUGUUACUGAUGUCAUUGACCUUGUUCAUCAUGGUGCUAAAUUAAAAGGUUCAUUUUCUCGUUAUGAUUACCAACGUGAAACUAACAGUGGAAUGUCUAGUGUAAAAUCAUUCAAAAUGUACCUUCCGGCUUCAGCAACUAGUGUUUAUUAUAGAGAUGUCAUUGGUAACAUAUCUACAUCAAAUCAAAGAACACUUUUAGACUCAGUUGAAUUGGAUAUUCGUCCAAGAUUCCCUCUAUUCGGUGGUUGGAAAACUCAUUAUACAAUUGGUUAUAAUGUACCAGCUUACGAAUAUCUGUACAACAGUGGGGAAGAUUAUUUGUUGAAGAUGCGUCUUAUUGAUCAUUUAUAUGAUAAUAUGAUAAUUGAAGACGUAACAGUACGCAUUAUUCUUCCUGAAGGAUCAGUAGACUUAGAUCUAAAAACGACCCAUCCAAUUGUACGUUUACCAGAUGGCUUACACUAUACAUACUUAGAUACCAUAGGCAGGCCAAUAAUAAAAUUACAAAUGUCAAAUGUUGUAGAAAGUCACAUUAGUGAUUUUGAACUAAGAUACAAAUUCCCAAAAGCCUUUAUGUUCCAUGAACCAUUAAUUGUAAUUGUUGCUAUUUACAUUUUGUUUUUGACUGUAAUUAUUUGGGUUCGUUUGGACUUUUCAAUAGCCAAGGAUGGACAUAGUGAAACACGCCAACGUAUAUCCGGAAUAACAAGUGCAAUUUUGCAUCAUUUUGAACGGAGGGCUUCCAUUUAUAGCUCUUGGGACGAGGCUUUGAAUAAAUUGAAACAUUCCAAAGACAUUGGUACAUAUAAUACAGCAUCAAAACAAAUUCAGACUGAUUAUAAAAAUGAAUCGACCAGCAUCAAUGAAUUAGCUACAAAGUUAAAAACUGAAUCAGCAGAACUAUCAGAUAAAUUAAAUGAGGUACAAAAGGCAGAAAAAAAUUUAAAAGAACUUUUUGGACAAACACAAUCCUUAUACACUGAUAAACUUAUAACAGGUAAGGUUGGAAGAAAUCAGUUUGUUGAAUUAGAUAGUGGUCUCAAGCGGAAAAAAGAUGAAUGCCAAGAGAAAAUCAAUCAAUUGUUAAAAUCAUUGAACUAGUGAAGUCGUGUUUAUGCAUAUUUCAACUCAUUGUCAAGUCAUAAAAUUGUCUUCAUAAAUCUCUAAAAAUUAGGUUUAUGUAAUUAUUGUCACUGUCAAAAAUGCGUAUUAUAUUUCUUGCUGCACAUUUGUUUGUAAUAUUAUAUUGGUUUUAAAAUUAUAUCUACUUAAAUUACAAAAUCAACAUGUUUUAUUCAUCUAUACUAAAAUAAAUUUGAAUUAUAAAAUAUAUGCAGUAAUAAUGUAAUAUAUAUUUAUUAUUUAUGUACAAAUAUAAUUUUGAAAUUUAUAUUUCAAUUACUUUUAUAUAUUACUGGGUUAUAAUUAUUUGGAAUUUAUAACUAAAUUUCUUUCCAUUUAUAUAUUUUAUAGUUUUGUUUAAUAAAUACUGUUUGUUUAAUAAAUAGUAAUGUUCAAUAUAAAUACUUAAAGAGUUAUAAAUAAGGUUUUUUUUCUGUGGACUGAUUAUUUGCUUAUAUUCUUUUAAAUCAUUCUAGAAUGGUAAAUUAUGUACUAGUAAAUAUAAUUAUAUCCAACAUAUUAAGUGUGUAAACAUUUGCAUAAAUACUAAACAAAAAAUAAGAUUAUUCAACUUGUAGUUCUUUUAGUUGUCAUUAAAAUCAUAAGUGUUUUUAAA